AUGGCUCGUGAAGAAGGAACAGGUAAAUUUAGAUAGAAAUCACCAAAACAAGGAGUUCUCUAAUAUAAUUUUUGUAGAAGUUUCAAACGCGGAAGAAGAACCAGAAGAAGUCAGUGUAUCAACUAAGCCAUAUAUACAAAAACUUGAAACAGAACAUAAAUUGAUCAUUCAAAAAGUCUUGGGUUCGGGAUCAUAUUCUCGAGUGGCUCGUGCAAUUUGGGGUGACAAGAAACAGGAAGUGGCUGCGAAAAUCAUCAAUAUCACACCAACAAAAGAAAAAGAUGAUUAUAUUAAGAAAUUUUUGCCGCGCGAAAAGGAAAUUGUUCGGAUGUUGAAACACGACAAUAUCUGCCGUUUGUAUGAUAUGAUCACAUUUCCGGAUCACAUUGUUUUUGUCACCGAAUUUUGUGCUGGCGGGGAUUUGUUGAAGAAAAUGAAAGAUGUUAAAGUGAUGGCUGAAGAUGAUGCGAGAUUUAUAUUUCGCCAAUUUAUCGCCUCACUUAUUCACUUACAAAAUCAUAAUAUUGUCCAUCGUGAUCUCAAAUGCGAAAAUAUCUUUUUGGACAAACAUGAAAAUGUGAAAUUGGGCGAUUUUGGAUUUGCCAGAGUUUUGAAUCCCGGCGACAAAUCUUCCACAUUUUGUGGUUCGAGAGCAUAUGUUGCACCGGAGAUUUUGAGAGGACGCGAAUAUUCAACCAAUGCGGUUUGUGAAAAAUCUAUAUUUUGAAGGGUUACUGUAGCUCUCCAAAUUUUGAAAGGUUACUAAAAAUGUUCUACCAACAAGUUGCUCGUUUUCAGGUCGAUGUCUGGAGCACUGGAAUCAUUUUGUACAUAAUGUUGACCGGUUCAAUGCCAUUUGAUGAUCGACAUCCAACAAAAAUGAUUGAACGUCAACUGGCGCACAAAAUCAAAUUCCCUCGAAGUUGCACAUCAUCGACCUCCUCGAAAACGCUGAUUCUCGAAAUCUUGCAACCACAUGCACCAAAUCGGCCAACAUACAAAGCAAUUUGUGAAUCGGAAUGGCUCAAAAACCAAGCAUAUUACAUGAAGCCAGAUGUUCCACCAGCAACAGCUGCAGCUGCUGCGGCAAAUGCAGCAAGUCCAGUCAAGAAACGUCCACCAAGUUCGAGAGCAAGAGGAUAA